AUGGCGACGGAGACGGUUGUAAGAACAAAACCGAAGCCCGUCAAAAAUGAAAAUUUACCACCAGAGAGUGUGCGUUUCAUGCAGGCAUGUAACAACAUAGCCCGAGCACUGAUCCAGGAGUACGAGGCGAGUCUUGAUGACACCAAGCCAAAGAAAGACAUCAAUCUCAACCGACUACGAGGCGAUGUUGCACGAAAGCAUAGGCUCAGCACUCAACCGCCCUUGACGGGUAUCUUGUCUGCUGUGCCCGAGAAUUACAAGAAGGCACUUCUGCCGAGGCUGAUCGCAAAGCCUGUAAGGAGUGCUAGCGGCAUAGUUGUGGUUGCAGUGAUGAGCAAGCCACAUCGCUGUCCUCACAUUGCAUGGACUGGACAUGCAUGCGUCUACUGCCCGGGUGGUCCUGACUCCGACUUUGAAUAUUCCACGCAAUCGUACACUGGAUAUGAACCGACUUCCAUGCGAGCUAUUCGCGCCAGAUACGAUCCUUUUGAACAGGCACGAGGCAGAAUCGACCAGCUCAAAUCUCUUGGUCACAGCGUCGACAAAGUUGAAUUCAUUCUCAUGGGCGGAACGUUUAUGUCUCUCGACAAGACGUAUCGGGACAAUUUCGUCGCCCAGCUACACAACGCACUCUCUGGAUAUCAGACAGAAAAUGUUGAUGAAGCCGUCGCCGCUGGCGAGAUGUCGAGCAUCAAAUGCGUCGGUCUUACGAUUGAGACCCGUCCAGAUUUUGGCCAGAUUGAUCAUUUAUCCGACAUGCUACGGUAUGGUUGCACUAGGCUCGAGCUGGGCGUCCAGUCAUUAUAUGAAGAUGUGGCGAGGGACUCAAACAGAGGUCACACAGUGGCAGCAGUUGUGGAAUCUUUCAAAUUCUGCAAGGAUGCUGGAUUCAAAGUUGUCUCACAUAUGAUGCCGGAUCUGCCCAACGUCGGCAUGGAACGCGACAUAUUUCAGUUUCAGGAAUAUUUCGAGAAUCCUGACUUCAGGACAGACGGUCUGAAGAUCUAUCCUACUCUCGUCAUUCGAGGCACUGGUUUGUACGAACUCUGGCGUACCGGUCGAUUUAAGAACUAUACACCAAAUGCUCUGGUAGAUCUGGUGGCAAGAAUACUGGCAUUGAUCCCGCCUUGGACCAGAAUAUACCGAGUCCAGCGCGAUAUCCCAAUGCCACUGGUCACAUCGGGCGUCGAGAAUGGUAAUCUCAGAGAAUUGGCACUUUCACGAAUGAAGGACUUCGGCACCAGUUGUCGAGAUAUUCGAACCAGAGAAGUCGGUAUCAAUGAAGUAAAGAACAAGAUUCGGCCGUCACAGGUAGAACUUGUGCGACGAGACUACAUGGCUAACGACGGCUGGGAAACCUUCCUCGCAUAUGAAGAUCCAAAGCAAGACAUUCUCAUUGGCAUGCUGAGACUGCGGAAGUGCACCGCCGAGUACACAUUUCGACCAGAACUUACCGGGCAACCGACGAGUAUUGUCCGAGAACUGCACGUCUACGGAUUGGCAGUCCCGAUCCAUGGUCGAGAGAAGAGCAGGUUCCAGCAUCAAGGAUACGGCACUCUUUUGAUGAAGGAAGCUGAGAGAAUAGCUCGAGACGAACAUGGGAGCGAGAAAUUGAGCGUCAUCAGCGGAGUUGGCGUUAGAAGCUAUUACGAACGUCUUGGGUAUUCUCUCGAUGGACCAUACAUGAGCAAAAUGCUCAGUUUCGACGAUGACGAGGCCGAGGUCUGA